UCCGCAUCCAGUCAUCAAAAUCUAACAGAUCCCAAGCAAAUAGAAUGAAGACCUUCGCCUUUCUCGCGGCCUGUUUGGCCCUUGCAUCCGCAGGGACGAUGGACAUCGACCUUAUCUCCAAGGUCGAAUCGGGUCAGGUCACCAACGUGAUUAUCGAGCUCCCUCAAAUCAUGGACCAGAUCGAUUCCCACGCCGCCCUCCAAUCGUUGUCCGGCGACAUGAAGGUCAACGCCCUCGUCGCCAUGUUGGAAGGUCUCACCUCCGCUGCGCAGGCGCCAUUCGUCACUCGACUGAGCGAACUUAGUCUCGCGCACGAAACGUUUUGGGCUUCAAAUAUCAUCCUGGUCAAGGACGUUACGGUUCCCGCUCUGCAAAUGUUAGGCGCCGUACCGGGUGACUUUGUAGUUCGGGAAGAGCACAUGACCUCCAUCUAUCCAACCAUCGUGCACAAUAAUGACACCGAAAUCACACAGACGGUGCAGUGGGGAAUUUCAAAUAUUCGGUGUAACGCGGUCUGGUCACGUACCCAAGGUGAAGGUACGGUCGCGGGGAUUAUUGAUACCGGAGUUAACGAGGGACAUACCGCGCUAUCAGGGGGAUAUGCGGGGGCGUGGCGAGAUCCUUAUUACAGCACGGCGAGACCCACGGAUCAAAAUGGACAUGGGAGCCAUUGUGCCGGGUCUAUCCUUGGCAGAGCGAAUGGAGUUGGAUGCGCGCCUGGCGCGAGGUGGAUCGCCUGUCGAGGACUUAACCAUCAGGGCUCCGGAUCUGAAUCGGCCCUUACCACGUGCGCUCAAUUCAUGACCACAGCCAGCCCGAGACCCACAGUCGUCUCAAACUCGUGGGGCGGUGGUCAAGGCAACACGUGGUACAACAGCCAGGUCUCCACAUGGCAAAAUGCUGGGAUCAUCCCCGUCUUCGCGAUUGGAAACGAAGGAUCCGCCUGUCGGACGGCUAAUUCCCCGGGGGAUCAGGGCAACCUGAUCUCCGUUGGGUCAACAACUUCAACUAAUGCGAUGUCCUCCUUCUCCUCGAGGGGACCUUCCACUACGAGCGUGCUCAAACCAGAAAUUGCCGCCCCGGGUAGUUCAAUUGUUUCCUGUGGAACGGGAGCAAACAAUUAUGCCACCAUGUCCGGGACCUCAAUGGCCACCCCACACGCCGCGGGGGCCGUCCUGCUUAUCAAGGCGGUCAACCCGAGCUGGUCCUAUUCCCAGGUUCGUAGCGCCCUUACCGCGAAUACGAUUAAGCCCGCUAUUACCGCGGCGGACAGAGCGUGUGGACUGGUCACCCCAGGCGUGGAUUAUCCCAAUUGUGCUUAUGGGUACGGAAAAAUUGAUGUGGGGAGAGCCUUGGGAAUGUAAAUUUUUACAGAUCGGAUCUAUGUGCAUCAAAAAAUUUAUAAUUUAAUUUAUUGUUAACACUUAAAAAUCUCAAGUAAAAUCAUGUUUGUUAGUGGAAACGUCAUUACAAAA